AUGCCCCCCAAGAGAAAAGCUGCGGAAGUCGAUGCGGAUGCGCCUGCGAAGACGACGCGUAGCUCGGCGCGUUUGAAGGGUGGCGAGGUUGAUGAGUCUGAGUCUGUACCCGCGAAGAAGGCGCCUGCCAAAAGGGCCCCCGCGAAGAAGGCCACGAAGGCUAAGGAAGAGGUCGACGAUGAAGCUGCUGCGCCACCACCCGCGAAGAAGGCAAAGACGACCAAGGCCGCGGCGAAAGCACCCAAGGAGCCCGCAGCCAAGGCGUCCAAAACCAAGGCAGCAUCUUCUAAGUAA